CGCAAAUUGCCUAAGAGGAAGUCCGACUCUGUUAGAUGCGUAGCCCAAUGUUUGAAAGUUUACCGAAAGCCUUUUCACCUAAUCAGUGAAAUGUUUCACUCAACUUCCGUAUAUCUAACUUGCCUGAACUUCCGUAUCGAGCACAGCGGCGAUCGCAGCGGCAAUGCAGACAAUUCCCGACGAUUUAACGACACUCAUUUCAGACCUAGAGUUUUUUCUCUCCGAUGGUCUGAAAGGAGAAAAUAUAAGCAAGAAGGCAAAAGAGAAAAGAGAUGCCUUCCUCAAACGGAUCAAGGAGAUCAGAGCAAGUUAUCCUCAGGAUUUUAUUGAAAAACGGGAUGCUGAGGACUCUGAUGAGGUCGAUGAUACAGACAGCUUCAAUGACGGAGGAUCCCUGCACUCAGAACGGGCCGACAAGGAUGAGGAGGCGGGCCUUGACGGUGCUCAGCAGUCCCCUCCGGUCGCCGCCCAGGACCUUCCAUCCGUCUUCAAGGCGGGAUACCUGGAGAAGCGUAGGAAAGAUCACAGCUUCUUUGGCACAGAGUGGCAGAAGAGAUGGUGUGCCCUUAGUUACCGCACGUUCUACUACUACGGGAGUGACAAAGAUAAGCAGCAGAAAGGUGAGUUCUGCAUCGAUGGCUACGCCGUGAAGAUAAACAAGACGCUCCGAAAGGAUGCCAAGAAGGACUGCUGCUUCGAGAUCUCCGCCCCCGAUAGACGUGUCUACCAGUUCUGUGCCACGACUCAGAAGGACGCGGAAGAAUGGGUGGAGCAGAUCCAGUUUGUGCUGAUGGAUAUCGGAUCAGGGAUCAUCCCAGAGGAUGACGAGGAGCCGCAGACGUACGACGAUGUGGGAAACAGUGCCCCAGCUGCGUCUGAACCCAUUGACGAGGAUAUUUACGAGGAGCUCCCAGAUGAAGAGGUCCCUCAUCCUCCAAAGGCCAAAGUGGAGAUCCUGGGCAAACCAGCGCCCCCUGCUGCACCUGCACCUGCACCUGCAUCUGCUGCACCAGUUCCCCCAGUGACUAAGAGCACAGAUUAUAAGAACUACUUCCAGGGCAAGUGGGACUGCACUGCGGACCAUCCCGACGAGCUCUCCUUCAAGCGCGGCGACGCCAUCUAUAUCCUGAGCAAGGAGUAUGAGAACUUUGGCUGGUGGGUCGGCGAGCUGAAGGGCUUCAUCGGCAUCGUACCCAAAGAUUACCUCAUGGAGCUGUACGCUAUAUGAGGCACUGAGGUGUUCCUGAAGCCCCGCCCCUCUGCAGCAGGGCAGGAUGUGAACUGGACCUCCCGUGCGAUUCCUUCCUGCCGUUCGCUUGCACGUCGGGAUGUAUGAAAUCAGAAAAGACAGACAGAAAGAUAAAAGCUGCCUUGGUUUGUGCCUCAACCACAAGCAGAAAGCAGAUCUACCUGUAUAAAGUUAUUUAUACCAACCAAAGGGACACAAAGGAGCACAUCACUGCAUCUUCCCCCAUUUUCAUUUACUCAUAUCUGCUCUGUCCAAAAACCUGCAUGGAGAAUGUUGUUAAGCAGCUACCUGCUUGGCAGUAGCUAUAGGCACCGUAUCUUUUCCACUCUCCCACUUAAUAUGAUGCCUACAGUGUUGGCCUCUUCAGCCUGAGCUCUGUGUGUUUCUGCAAGGCAGCUUCGCUGUUGACCUGUAAGCAAUAACUACCAGCUAGAAUAAAAGAGUUGCUGUUAUAUGACACUUGUACACUAGAUGGCAGAAUUGUUCAAUACCUUUUUUUUUCCCCACACCCUUUACCAGCUGUGUUCAAUUAAACUUCCCAUUGCAAUAGAAGUGGAA